CUGCUGAUGCUGAUGCUGCUGCCGCUGCUUCUUGCGCUGCUUCUUCUUGAGCUGCUGGCGUGCGGAUCUGCUUCUUCUUCUUCUUGUCUAAAUUUUGCUCCCCAUCCUUGGCUGCUGCGAUCUCUUUGUGCCUGGCCUGCUUGCGCUUAGGAUCCCGUGCUGAUUUGAUCAUGCGGAGAUUAUUCUCGUCUUGAUUGCGGCUCAAUUGAAGUAGGUCCUGCAAUUGAGUGGAAUGACGAGUUGUGUGAUAUAUAUGGUUCACGGAGCUGACGUGUGUAGAAUAAAUUGACGAUCUGCUCGAAGUAUAUACAUUACUGUGUGUACAUAACGACGGUCUGAUUCCUCUACUACACUUAUUGUGUUUUCCGCUCGUCAUUUGAUCAAAAAUCUAUUCCGUAUUCCGUAUUCCGUUCCAUUCCGUGCCGUGCCGCUCGUGUCCUUGGUAGAAGAGUCGCUCGUUACAUUUUCCGCCUGCUGCUUGCAAGAUUCGCGUCUGGUCCGGUCGGGCCUGUCUGCUUGCGCGUCUGUCUGGAUGUCUGCCUUUCUGUUCAAUUCUUCCUGGUUCUCGCAAAUGCAAUGCCGCCGAGCAACUACUCGGUGAAGCCUCCAGGCCCGAAUGGCACUAGUGCUGGCUGUGGCCUGGAGCUGUCUGCCUCAGGAUUGCCGUAGACGUCCAUCUUUCGGAGUCCUCGGUCUGUCGCUUCCUGCUUGAUGUCACGGCUGCGUGGACUUCCUCCUCUCCAGGUCUUUCGUCCGGUCGCAAGAGCUAUGAGAGCUGUUCCUUCAAAUCUCUUUUUCCAUUUCUUUUUUUCUCAGAAUGGCAGGUUGCUUCAUUCUAGGAGAGUUGCCUGAAGAGCUUCGAAUUAUUGGCCAUGAUGAUGUACCGGACCCUGUCAUUAUGUCCUGCCUGUCUCAAAUGCAGCUUACUGAUCACUGUUACGAGAAAUCUACAUCCUUGGUAGCUUCGAGGGCUGCGAAUGAUCGGUCUUCUCCGCAUUCCUGUGUUCGUGCAGGCAAGUCUCCGCGACAUGAGCACGGACCUCCAGUUCCUGGUGAUCGAGAUUUCCGACAGGAAGCCGACUCCAUUUUUCUCAACUGUACUCUAGCAACGGAGUUACAAGGGUUGAAGAAGAUGUUGCGAGUCAUGGGAGAAGCUAAGGAGGAGCUUCUUGGUUCUCUGUCCGGGCCAGGCUCGAUCAAGAGGAGAAUCGCGCCCGCAGAAGAGGACGAAGACGUCGGCAAGCUGUUCAGCGAGUGGCGGUUGGUCGGGCGGACGCUGCGUCCCAUAGACAACAAUGUGGUGGCCGGCGACUCGUUCAAGUUGUCAUCCUUGGCGCAGAAUCUCAAGGGUGAGAACCAGUUCUUCGAGCCGCUGGUUUUCCAGCCGGACAAGAACGCCAAGGCCGAUCACCAAUUCUUCGAGCCGCUGGUCGCCUACUCCACGAACGAGUCCUCCGAGCCGACCAAACCUUCGCAGGGCGGUGACACGCUCAAGCCCGCUGCUCACACCACGGCAAAUAUGAAGAAGAGCCACGGCUUUGAGCCCCAGAGUGCCACUUUCUUGAACGAGCUCUCCGAUUCGACCAAAUCCGCUCUCGCUGGAGAUUCCCUGAAGCCCUCGUCCGUCGCCUCCCACCACAAUAAGGAGAAUCCAGUCUUUGACCCGCCCGUCUUCCAUCCCGCCAAUGAGCUUUCAGAAUCGACCAAGUCCGUGAGUCGCAAGGCGGAAGACAGGCCUCAGAAAUUGGACAGAUGUCACGUUCAGGUGAGUGACGCGAGUCUGUGCGACGAUGGUGUCACGUCGCAAACGGUGUGCCAAGAUCGAAAAGAAACUCGGAAAUUAAUCGAAGAAAGAGACACUGUUCUGAGAUUAAAUAGAGCUCCUGAUCACUCAGAAGAAGAAGACACAACCUCCUCCGACACUGCUGCUUCAUCCGACACUCUGACCACUGAGGAAGAAGACAGCGCGUGUAAUUUGAAGAUUGUGAAGGGUUCGGGAGCUUGGAUGAGUAAAAAAACAUCGCCGGAAUAUUUGCGUGAGGAACGCAUACUGAAUGCCGCCAUCGAAGCUGGGGUUUCUUACUUUCAUGACGGUGUGGUGUACCGUGAGAAUCUGAUUUACGAUAUGCUCAGAUCUCCGAGCUCAGGUACGCAGGAGGACAUUCUGGAUUCUAAUCAUGAUUUGGAAGAAUUUCAAAAGCCUGCUCCGCGUAAGAAGUCGUACAAUCCAGAGCUGUUCUCGCUUUCUAACGACCACUUCCUAGAGGCUUUCGAAAGGAGCCUGGCGGAGCUGGAUCCCAAGGACACUAUCGAUCAGGAGACGUUUGCAAGUGUAACCAGGCAUACUGCAGAACCGGAACCUGUCUUUCAUCAGUUCAAUUUCGCGAGCCUAGUAAAUUAUCGUGUAGAGACCGAGAAUCUGCCAAACCUCGACCCUCCCCCUCCCUUCAUCUCCCCUGUGCCGACUGCAGCUGCAACGCCGGCUCGCGAUGCUGCAGGUCCUCUUGCCAAUCUCGACGACUCCAGUCCCCUGCUCACCGAUAGUGCGAAAGAAAUGAAUCAGUUCUUUCUCGAUGAAGAGGCCUCUCGCGACAGCGCAGACGAGGGGAAUCAGUUCUUUCUUGAAGGAGAAACCUUGGGCGAUAGCGUGGAAGAGGUAAAGCAAUUCCUACUUGAAGAGCAAUCCUUUUCAAAGGAUCCGUUCAAUUUCAGCGUGCGUGGCCCAACUACACCAGAGCAGGGAGCUGAAGUGAAUCCCCCACCUCGAAAGGAGCACAGAGAUACUGCUAGAAUCCUAGUAGAAGAGUUCAAUCGAGCCAGAAUCGUGGAAGAACCGCGCACGACGGUUGCGAGUGCCAUUCGAUGUCCCAAAGAAGCUGCCGCCACGGGAGCGGAAGUGGCUGCAGGUAAUCUUGUGCCUUCUAGUGAGCCGAGCGGUGCAGCUCCCGGCAUGGCUCAGGUCGGGCCCGCCCUCUUGAUUGUGCCUCUCGAUGACCUUCAAGGUACAGCCAAGACUUACCAAGAAGAGCUAAAACAACGCCGGGCCUCACUGGAAUCGGAGAGGGUGGUUAGGCCGGGUGCUGCUGAUACUCAAUGCACUGCCAGUCAUCGCAGUUCACUGAGUCUACCGAAUCUGGAAGAGCUGAACGCAAAUCGUCUUGGAGAAUCGGAUCGUGGGAAUUCUGGGCAUCUUGAACCUCUCAACGACCGCAGCAAUAUCCCGACUGAUAAUGCGGACGAUUUAAAUCAACGCUCUCGCCCUCGUCCGAAAACCAUCACGGACUUCUUCAACCCCUCGGAGAUGACCCUAAGGCGGCCCAGCACUAUCGAACCCAGAAAGAAGGACAAAUCAGACAUUAAGAGCUCUCUACGCACGCCGGAUCAGAAGUCGCCAUCAGAGGUCCCCGUCGAUCUGCGGUUUGCACUUCCACCACCGAGCGCUCGCAGCUCUUCACGUCGUCACAGUCUGUCGGAGAAGAGUCUGGAAAUUGCUGGUCUUGCUCUGACGCCCAUCCGAGUUCCCAGUCGAGAUCGCGUAUGUGCUAUACAUGGCGUGUGGGAUCAAUCGCAGGGCUCUUGCUCCCUAUGUUCCCAUGGGGCUCCCAAGAAGAGAGGUGAAAGCAGGGUGUUCGGGGUCGCUGGAAGCAAGAGUCCACAGAUGGAGAGCACACCUCACAAAAAGAUCGGAGAAUCAGCGAGUCCCUUUGGAGUGGCUGGCAGCCAAAGCCCGUACGGUAAAACUCAUACCAGCUUUCUGAAAAAGGGUGGCGGCAGUCCCAGUCCUUCGGGACUGGCACCGGGUAGCAAAACUCCACAGACUCCACAAAGUACCACUUCGAGUGGAUCAGAGGCAUCUCCAAAGCAAAAUCCUUUCAAGAGGAACUCUGGCAUCUACUCGUCGCUGGUUCCGCGAGAGAAGAGAAGUGGCGAUGGGUCGAGUGUGCUCUUCAAUACUUCGCGUCUCUCAACUUCUGUCAAUUUGCCUUCCUCUAGCCGGAUGUCUACGUCGGUAAAUCUACCUUCCUCAAGUGAGCGAUUAGGCAACCAGCGUCAGAGUACCUCCAAAUCGAAUUUUGAAAGUCUACCACCAGGUUCACUAAGAAAGAGCCCCGCUCAAGACAUCAAGCCUACACCUCUUUCGAAACCGUCUUUCAGCACAUCCACUACAUUGGCUAAGUCGCGGACUUUACCAUCUACGACUACGACAGCGAAAGAGAAGCUAACGCCUGGAGCUGCUCGUAGGACUCAGUCCGUAAAGGACCGUGUUACAAGAUAAUUUUCAAGAGUCCUUGAAGACAUGAUGAUCCACGAGCAACAGCAACCAUCACUCCGCAGUACCCACCCGAUGCAGUGGCGCUGAGCGUAUGCGUUCACGCAGCCUUCAGAGAAUUUGUGUAAAAUAAGUACGGGUUACAGACCCUUGAGGAUAUAGCUAUAGUUCUCUGCGUGAGUUGAAGGUUUGGUUCUCUACCGGCUCGUAGUACAUCUAUUCUGUAAAAGCUUUAUUGCACGACUUCAUUCCGCAUGACAUAAACCCACCAACUGAAUCAACAGUUUGUAAAAGAUUUAGUGUUUUCUGAGCGCAUUGGUUCUCCACGGUUCUAAUCUCAGCCUGUACAGAAAGUAUUACCGUAUAGUUUCCGAGCUUCAACAGUCGCAGUGGUUUCAUCACGAGACACUUUUAGUCAGCAACACACAUUUGGGGUCAUCGUAUCGAAGCCAAGCUACAUUCUCAUGACCUGACCCGUGUGAACUAACUCGUCCGGUAUUCUUUUCGUUUAAGCGCAGACGAUUACGAGAUGCAGAGGUCAUGACCUUGUGUGACACAAGAGCAUGCUCUUCUACUCUUGAGAUGACUUCAGCAAGAUGUCUCCUAAUCUCUAAAGCUACCACUCAAGUGCAGCUUGCUUCUAGCAGGUGGUACAUUUCAGCUCAGAAACUCAAAGAUUAACCUGCUGCCCGGGGACCUCUUGAAGAGAUUCGGUUUCCUUGUUCCACGAGGAUCCGGUUUCCGCUCCCACAUUCAAAGACAAUGAGUGUUCUCAUCCCGGAGCUUGUACAAUGUGAUUAGGUUCAGAGCAGUAGACCAACAAAGUGAUUGUUACAUAGUUUUUCGGAGUGUCCUAAAUCUUCGACCUUACGUGGUCCACUGUACUAUGAGUACAAGUACUGGAUCCAGAGGUCACUGUUUCAUAGACUUUAAAUCCUAGAGACCUAAUUCUGAGAACACUGCCUCAAUGUUUUCAGUCACCUGUAGAUGGCCACAUUAUAUUCAUCCACUGACAUUCAUUCUUUCAGUAAAUUUAAAUGCUGCUGCCAAUGCAUAACGCUCAACCCAACGCGAUGUCUCCAAAUUGGAGCAUUGUGGCAGAUAUCUACCAUUAGACGACAGAAGGGGUCAUCUUCUACUAGAAAUGUUCAAAAGUUGUGGUUGUUCAUAAAGUACACUAGAUUGAGUGACUUGUUGCUAGUGAGGUACUUAGCUUAAUCCAGACACACUGGCAAAGCAAUCCAGAAUUUGGAAAAAAAGUUCAAAGACUUUUGGGCUGCAGAAAUGAAUAGAGAAGCGAAGAAGCUUUUACUAUACUUCCCUGAUUGAUUUUUGCAUGACCCAUCUUUUGCAUACUUGGUAUGGAGAGCACUGUUUUUCUUUCCAGAGUUUUUACCCAGAAGUUCUUUUGAUUGCAUGCCUGCAUGCAUGGUUGGAAAUCUUUUGCCUUGAUUCUUGCUGUACUUGGCCAUAUUUCGCCUUUGAUUGUAAUUGUUCAAAUUUCCUGGCUCCUACGGCUGGCAUUAUUCCGGACGGAGUAUCUUGAAGUUUGUCCUUGCAUCCUUCAUUCAGCUCUAGAUAUUGCACUGGACCUUCCCGUGUUUACUGCAACGACGUACAUCGAAGCCCACUCACGAAUGAUGCCCUUUUUUUUAACCUCCUGUUGAUGAGACUUGAGAGUUGAGACAUGUAGGUUAGUCGAGCGGUUAGUCAACGUGUAGAUGCAUGCAAUGGCGAUCAUAAUUCACCUCCCCUUUCCUGUGGCAAUGGAGAAGCACACGCACUAAAGCCGGCAUUGAAUGAGAGGGAAGAAGGUCACCGUGGCAGUAUAUCAUGCAGAUUGUUGACACAAAGUAAGCUGAACAGCAAACAGGGAUGAACUCAGAUCUUAAAUCUUAGUUUGAUCUUCGUUCCAGGAAUGGGUUCUGCUC